UUCAGAUCCCUGCAACCACACAGUAGCCAUGGCUGCUUGCCCUAAAAACCUUGUCAUGGCUGGUUGCUCCUCGCCGUAAUGCACGCUGUAGGACGUAUUAGCGGUUUAGUCUAUGGGAAAGGAGGCUGUCAUGAUAGCGGUCGUGAGGUCUCGGUGCUACGGCGUGGGAGGCGGUGAUGAUGUUUUCUCUUGGCUCGGCUGUCUCCGUUCAGAUACGCCGCCUGGUGCAGGGGAUCACCGAUAGCAACCAUAAGGCCGUCGUUUCUGAGCUUAGUCAGCUUGCAGAGGUCGCGGGAGACGAGGCGAAUCAGCUUAUUCUUCGUUCCUGCCUGGGCGUUCUCUUUAGCGACGACCAAGGCGGCGAUCAAAGCGUGGAAUUAAAGCAUCACCUCUUAGCAUCCGUACUAGAGUGCUUUUCCUGUAGAUCGGAUUUCCCGACAACCGUAGCUCUAGCUUUAGGACAUUUCUCGGAGCCUUACAAGGGUUUCUUGAAGAUCUCUCUAGCGAUUAUCAAUCUCCCGGUCGCUGUUCAGCUCCGCUUAGGCGUUGGUCUUGCUGACGUGGGUUUUCCGUUUUGGAAGGAGGAAGCUCUUGACCUGAUCGACUGCGUGAUUGGCGGAUUGCCUGAAAGCGAAGUUUCCGCAUUGCAAGGCGAUUUGUUCUGGAGCGUGUUUCUGACGUGCUCGUCGUAUCCGAAGCUCAAGGAGCACUGCCUUAUCUUGGAGGAAUCGCUCUGCUGGCGGCUUAGCAGAGACCCAUUCCCGAUCUACCUCCUUCCGUUCCUAGGAAAAGGCAGUCCACUCGGGAAGGAUUUCAGUGACCUGCCUCGGGAUUGGUCUUCCUUCGUAAACUCCAUCAUGGCAUCCUCUUCUGGUUCGGGUUCGGGUUCGGGUUUGGGUUCCGGUUCGGGUUCCAAGGCGAGGGACAUGGCAUCGGCGAUGGAGGAGCUAGGGUUUGGCUGCACGGACACGGUGGAGCGGUGCAGAGCGGUGCUGAAGGAGCACAGCGGGAACGGCAUCAGUGAGGCGGAUGUGGCGCGGAUUUUGGGGGUGGUCGCUAAGGGAUCGAUGGAGACCCGCGGUGGUGCUGGCUCUGGGCCGCUCACGUUUUGGAAUGUAGACGUGCUGGUUGAAGCCAUCUUACAGCUGGCGCCGAGGCUGAGCUGGUCGUCGGUGAUCAACCACCUGGACUACCCGGGCUUCCUCGUUAAGGACCACAAGGGCUUCAGCUCGCUCGUGCUCAUGCACGCCAAGGCCACCAAGGAGCUCUUCCCCCUGGCCCCCGUGUGCGGCAAGCUGUGGGCCAACACGGAAGGACAACUCUCCUUCCUCCGCCAUGCCGUCUCCGCGCCCCCCGAGGUCUUCACCUUCGCGCAUUCCGCCCGCCAAACGCCCCCCAUGGACAACCUCCACGGCCACAAGCUCCCCACCGGCACGCCCAACUGCGCGUGGGUCUCCCUAGACCUCCUAGAGGUUCUCUGCAGGAUAGGGGAGACUGGGCGGAAGGCAGAGGUGCUGGAGGUGCUGGUGUACCCCAUAAAGCACUGCCCGGAGGUGCUUAUAGUGGGUCUCGCGCAGGUGAAGACGCCCGGCGGGGGUGUGAUUCAAAGGGAGGUGCUCGGCGCGCUGGUGCCGCUGUAUCUGGCGAAUAACCCGAACUCGAGCAUUGUGCUGCAUGCGCUGUGGGCGGGGAGCAAGGAGGUGGUGAUGCAGGCGAUGGUGGGCGUGCAUGCCAGCGACCCCACCACUGUGGCGCGCCUGCUCGACGUGUGCCAGGACCUCAAGGUUCUCUCUGUGGUGCUGGAGAGCACGCCCUUCUCCUUCUCGCUGGACCUCGCCUCGCUUGCCUCGCGCCGGGAGUACCUGAACCUCGAGAAGUGGCUGCAGGAGACGCUCACUCUGCACCGCGACUCGCUCUUCAAGGCCUGCCUGCAGUUUCUGAGGGCCAAGCUGCUGCAGGACAGCCAGGAGGCCGGCGCUCAGAGAGUCAACCUGUCACUUGAAACGCUCGCCAUCUUCUUCAAGGUCCUCCAAGCCAACGCGCCACAGCUGCAGGCGCCCGAACUGGCUGAGGAGCUCAAGGCGCUCUACGCGUCCGCGUUACAGCUGCACCCGGCGCUGCAGAAUGUGGCUGUGCCUGAGCAGGCGCCUGCAGACGUGUUUGCGAGCGACAUAGAGGAGGAGGCGAACGCGUACUUCCAGAAGAUCUAUGUUGGGCAGCUGAGCAUUGAGGAGGUGGUGGAAAUGCUCAAGAGAUUUAAUGGGUCGUCUGUGCAAAGGGAGCAGGAUGUGUUUGCGUGCAUGAUUCAGAGCCUCUUUGACGAGUACCGCUUCUUCCCCCGCUACCCUGACAAGGAGCUCCGCAUCACUGCUGUGCUCUUCGGCUCCCUGGUGAAGCACCAGCUGGUCUCCUCUAUCACGCUGGGCAUCGCCCUGCGCUGCGUGCUGGACGCGCUAAAGAAGCCCCCCGACUCCAAGAUGUUCUCCUUUGGCGUCACGGCUUUGGAGCAGUUCCACCACCGCCUCGCCGAGUGGCCGCCCUACUGCAGCCACAUCCAGCACAUCCCGCACCUGCAGGAGGUGCACCCGCGCCUGUACGCGUUAGUGCAGGCUGCAGCAGCGGCGCCGGUCAGCAAGGGCGUGGCUGGGGAAGGUGUAUCUGGUGCGGGUUCGGCUGGUGGUGGUGGCGGUGGUGCUGCUGCUGGUACUGGUGCUGGGGGGAUGGUGGGGGCUAGUGGGGGGGUGUUGGUGGGAGUGAGAAAGCGGGUGCAGGAGGGAAUGGCGAGGGUGGGGGUGGAAUUAGUGGUCCUGCUGCUGUUAGUAGUGCUGCUGCCGCUGGUGCUGCUGGUGCAGCUGCUGCUGCUGGUGCUGCUGGUGGUGUUUCUGUUGCGGCUGCUGGGGCUGUUGGUGCUAGUGCUGCUGCUGGUGGGGGAGGAGGAGCAGUGGAUGGUGCAGCUGUAACCGGUGUAGGUGACAAGGGGAAGGGUGCCCCUGGUGGCGGCGAUACUGGGGCGAUGGGACCUCAAGGAGAGGCUGGGAAGACAGCAGAAGGCGUGGCAGGAAAGGGACAAG